AUGAAUUGGUCCACCUCGGUCGUCGCGGCUCAGUCUUCUGACACCGAGCCCACCAUCUUCAUCACGUUCGAGACCGCAAAGUAUAGCUUCAACAUGGGGGAGAAUGCAUCACGUUCCUUGGUGCAGAGUAGGAGAGGAUGGAAGAAGGUCAGGGGUUUGUUCCUGACGCAGGUUGGGACUCAGAGGACGAGUGGUCUUCCAGGUUUCAUCAUGUCCGUCGCCGAUGCAACAGCCCGGAAACUAGACGUUGUCGGUCCAAGUGGAAUCCUACACCUGCUCGCCUCUAUGCGCUUGUACACUUUUAGGAAUAGCCUCUGCGUGAAUGUCUCAGAGAUUCAGCCUACAACAGGGAAUACCCAACUUAAUCCAACACCAGCAUUUUCGGACGAAAAUAUCACUGUCUACUCGAUCCCUCUAAUUCCCGGCAGUACUUCCACAUCAGACCUCGCCUCUGUAGCUGCAGACACCGCUGCUCCCGAAGCGAGCUCUUUAUUGAAGCGAAAACGUACUCCAUCCCCUGAUGCGCCCUCGAAACGUUCUCCUACUUCUCGGUCUGACCAGGAUAGCAAGACGGUGUUAGAACGCCUCCGUGAUGAUGCCAAUUUCUCCCCGUCGUCCCUCGUCGGUGCGGAAGCGCAGGAAUGGCGGCUUCGAGGUCAUCAAUCCCCUAUGCCAGACUCAGCCUCGGGCUCUCUUCCACAAAAGCCGCACUGGGCUGAGGAAGUCAAGACAGAGGGCACAAUUAAGGCGUCUUCAACUGCUCGACGUGGGAAGGGCAUCUUCAACCCCGCUGGGUCAUACCAUCAACUCCCGACACACACAGAUCCUGCGCCGGGAUCUUCGCUCGCAUAUGUGGUUGUGGGCCCGCGUGUGCGUGGGCGCUUCGAUGCAAAGCGCGCCCAGGAACUUGGGCUCCAGGGCCGUCUCCGUGGACGGGUCGCGCGCGGGGAAACGGUGACUUAUACUGUUGACGAUGGGAAGGGCGGGCAGGUGGAGAGGACUGUCAGGCCGGAAGAUUGCGUUGGAGAGAGCGAGAGCCCUGGAGUGGUGAUGAUACUGGAUGUUCCGUCGCAGGCGCACAUUCCUGAUUUGACAUGGUCAUUCGACUCGCCUUUCUACUCUACGUUCCGAUCAAAAGAUGCAGAAGAUCUCAAAAAGUACAAUGUUCACAUCAUCUAUCAUCUCCUCGGGGAAGGGGUGCUGGAGGACCCGCGAUAUAUUGAAUUUAUGAACGGCUUUCCUGACCAUACGCAUCACCUCAUAUCAUCCCGGGAGCACAACAACGACCCUGUGACUUUCACGAGUUGUGCAUUCAAUCAAUUGCGUCUCAACUGCUUAGACCCUGGCAUGUUUCCUCUGAUCAAAUAUGACCUGAAGUACAAGAAAGAUUUGUCAUCGGUCCCAUCUCUCCCAGCCAAUGCUGCGGUGAUGCAGAUCCACACCUACGUCGACAUGCGUCCGCCCUCCAAGCCGGUCUUGGAAAGUUUCUUCGUCGAGCGUGACAGCUUCCAUCCUGCCGUGGCCACCCCGCGCCCCAUCUCCCUUCUCGCUUCGACGCGCGAUAAGUUCACGCGCGCACAGAGUGCCGUACAAGCCGGGCUGGCUACACGCAACUCCGACGAGCCCAGCCCUGGCGACGAUCUGGUAGUCAUCCCACUUGGGACCAGCAGCACUGUCACGACACGGUACCGUAACGUGUCUGGCAUUCUGCUCAAAGUUCCCGAGCGCGGGUAUGUUCUGUUCGAUGCGGGCGAGGGCACGUUUGGCCAGCUCAUGCGCACUUUUGGGUCGGACGCGACACAGCCGGAGAAUGCAUGGCAGGUGCUGAGAGAGCUCAAGUGCAUCUUUAUUAGCCACGCCCAUGCGGACCAUCAUGUGGGGCUCGCAAAAAUACUCGCGAUGCGGAAGACGCUCGACCCGCCGCCAGAGGAUCCGCUGUACUUGGUGAGCGUGCGCGUGGUGCAUUUAUACCUCCGCGAGCAAGCCGACCUGGAGGAUCUUGGGUUGGCGGACUCGCCUGUGACAACUAACGGAGUAGUCACGGUGAUGAGCGACGUCAUUAAUUACCGCGGGCGCCCCAGUCCUUUCCCUGGGCCCAAGGACGGUUGGCAAGACCCUUUGCACUCCCGGCUCGCAGCUGAGAUGUGUUGCGACGCGCUAGGCCUGCAUAGCCUAGAGACUGUAGACGUCAAGCAUCGAACGAGGGCGUACGGAGCCGUCAUGACGUCCCGGGAGGGAUGGCGGGUAGUAUAUUCGGGAGACACGAUGCCGUGCUCGAGUCUAGUUGAAGCAGGGGAUGGUGCGACGCUGCUCAUACACGAGGCUACUAUGGGCGACGACCAAGAAGCCAUGGCACACCACAAGGCACACAGCACCGUCAGUCAGGCCGUCGGCAUCGGCAGGCAGAUGAACGCGAAGAACGUGCUCCUCACGCACUUCUCAACGCGCUAUCCGCAUAUGCCUGCGUACCUCUCGCGGCCGGGCUCUCCUGCGCGCGGGCGAAAAUCGAGCGGCGGCGAGGGCCCGGUCGUGGCGCUCGCGCUGGACCACGCGCGGGUGCGCGUCGGGGACAUGUGGAAGCUGCGCGCGUAUCUGCGCGCGAUCGAGCAGAGCUUCCAUGAUACGUUCGAGGAGGGGGACGAAGAAGAAGAGCAGCAGGCUCUGAAGGCCAGCGCAGAGCAAGUCGAGCUGGAAUAAGAACCGAUGCGGGAUGGGGUCCCGAGAGCGGCAAGAUGGCGAGGCGCGGUGUUGGAUAUCUCGUGCGUCUGCUGUGGUGGGUGGCGCCGUUGUGCUGAAUGCCAUUUGUUCACCGCUC